AGUGGUGGACAAUGAGUCUGAACUGCCGGAUAGGCAAGCUUAUUGUCACACAGUAGUUUUUGGUCAAGUACUUUGCUGGCAAAGGCCAAUGUGACAGCUUUUUUUUUGAGGAAUGAGAAAGUUUCUGAUUCAGACAAGCUGAGUGUUUAGGAGGACCGCGUUCUCCCUUCUCGCUUCUCCACCAUGCUGUACACUUUCGCAGGAGGAGGCACGCUCUGUGGCCUGGCCGCCCUCGUGCUUCUCAUCGUUUCCACGGCGACGGACUUCUGGAUGCAGUACCGAUACUCGGGUAGCUCCGCCAAUCAGGGGCUUUGGAGGUUCUGCAUCAACCACAAAUGCCACGCCCACACCAUAACCGUAGCCUUCUGGGACGCCACUCGGGCCUUCAUGCUCCUGGCUGUGUUGAGCUGUUUCGCUGGCGUGGUGCUCGGCCUGAGCGCCUUCACGAACGGCAGCAACAACAGGAGGGUCCGCACAGGCGGCAUCGCCCUGGUCCUGUCAGGCUUUCUUGCCCUCCUUGCCCUGGCAAUUUACACCGGCGUGACGGUCACUUUCUUUGGCAAACGCUUCGUGGACUGGCGCUUUUCCUGGUCCUACAUCAUCGGCUGGGUGGCCAUCAUUUUGGCCUUCGUUGCAGGCAUGUUCCAGCUCUGUGCUUACCAGCGGACCACUGCAGAACCCGCUCCUUCAAACAACCCGGACAGCUGAACAACAUGAGUGUACAGACCGUCAGACACAUUUUGAUGUCGCUGCUGCUUUGAGUAACUAGAAUGGAAUAAACAGAAAUCACAGAUUCCUC